AUGAACUCUAUUAACGACGUUGCGUCGGCGUUUGAAAUCCUCUCUGAGAGGCAAACCAACUCUCCUGAAGGACUUACUAAAAGAAACACAACAACGGUCGAAGUGCUAGAUAGCCGACUUGAAGAAAAUGACACACCACCAAAAAAUUUCUGGGAAAAAGUAUUAAGAUUUGUGGAAGUCAAGCAACAUCAUGCUUCUGCAACUCGUCGUUCCGAAUCUAUCGUCGAGUCAUUCUUAUACAAUGACGAUCUUGCCCCUGUGGAGGCGAAGAGAAGAGUAUGGACGUGGAAGCAAUUCGUCUUUUUCUGGAUUUCUGGUUCCUUUAACGUUAACUCGUGGCAAAUUUCUGCCACUGGUCUGCAAUUAGGUUUGAACUGGUGGCAAACAUGGAUUUGUAUUUGGAUUGGUUACAUCGCGGUAGCUCUAUUUGUGGUAGUUGGCUCUCGUGUCGGUAAUUUCUAUCAUAUUUCUUUUCCUAUUUCCUCUAGAAUUUCCUUCGGUAUUUAUUUCUCCUUGUGGAUUGUGCUAAACAGAGUUGUCAUGGCAUGUGUUUGGUAUAGUGUUCAAACAUAUAUCGGAUCUCAGACAGUACAACUGAUGCUAAUGUCAAUUUUUGGCACCGAUUUGGAUACUAGAAUUCACAAUACCAUGAACACACCCAAUAUUACGACCUUUGGGUUUAUGUGCUUCAUGUUGUUUUGGGGUGCACAAUUACCAGUUCUAUGGUUCCCUCCUCACACGCUACGUUACUUAUUUGCAUUGAAGAGUAUCAUCAGUCCUUUUGCCGCAUUUGGGUUUUUGAUUUGGACUUUGAAAAAAUCUCAUGGUAACUUGGCACUGGGUUCGUUGACCGAGGUUCAUCCUAGCGGAGCAAUUUUGGGGUGGAAUUUUAUUAGAAGUAUUAUGAGUGCUCUUGACAACUUUUCAACGUUAAUCUUGAACGCUCCGGAUUUCUCUCGUUUUUCAACCACCAAGAGAUCUUCGAUUUACUCGCAAUUGUUUAUUUUACCUUUGAUGUACGCCAUCAUUUCGAUUAUCGGUAUUCUUGUUACCUCUGCUGCAUACACCAUGUAUGGAGUUAACUACUGGUCGCCACUGGACGUCUUGGCUCAGUUUUUGAACCAUUACACAUCUGGAAACCGUGCAGGUGUUUUCUUAAUUUCGUUUGCCUUUGGCAUUGCUCAAUUGGGUACUAACAUUGCCUCCAAUUCGAUUUCUGCUGGUACUGACAUGACCGCUCUGCUUCCUAAAUUCAUUAAUAUCAGAAGAGGCUCUUACAUUUGUGCUGCGAUUUCCCUUGCUAUUUGCCCUUGGAACCUGAUGGCAUCUUCUUCCAAAUUCACGACAGCACUUGCAGCAUAUGCGGUUUUCUUGUCUUCGAUUGCUGGUGUCGUUGCUGCUGAUUACUACGUUGUAAGAAAGGGUCUCAUUAGAUUGCAACAUUGUUACACAAACCACCGUAGCACACUUUAUAUGUAUGGCUCGCGGUACGGUACAAAUUGGAGAGCUGUUGUGGCAUACGUGGUGGGAAUUGUCCCCAACUUUCCCGGUUUCAUAGGGUCUGUGGGGCCUACGGUUCCAAUCGGGGCUAUGCGCGUGUACUAUCUGAACUAUUUCGUGGGGUACUUGGUGUCAUUCCUGGUGUACUCUGCUUUGUGCUACUACUGGCCAGUAGCAGGAAUGCCUGAAGGUGUCGGCUACUUUGACUUUUCCAGAUGGUUCGAGCGCUGGAUCGAGGUCGAGGACUUUGCCGAACAAAGAAGGCGCUUCGAACUCAUGGGGUACGAGGACGCUGAUUUCGAAGAUGACUCCUCUGCCUCGAUGGUGAUAGUUGGGAACAAAGAGAAAGUGUAA